AUGGCUCUGCUUAUUGAAUCGGAGGCUCAUUUCUCACAGAGAGCCCAAGAGAUCAACUUGGGUGCUGGUGUGCCUAGGGCGCUGAAGCAGAAUGGUAUUGCUACGCUGGGAAGUCUGGCCUAUGCAUUUGGCCAGCCAGGCCAGGUUCUGGAUGAGGGCGCUUUCGGUGAGUGGGCGAAAGGGAUUGCAGAUUCCCUGGGGGAUUUGUCGGCAUUGAAGAGAGCGCUUUUUGAGUCGCAGACGAUGGUGCUAGCAGCUCUUAGAGAUCAGGUUUCAAACCCUGAUAGCCAGGGUGCAAGGCGUCUUCCUGAUGCAGAGAGAGAGAAGAGGAUGGACAAUCUGAAAACUUCUCUCGUGGGGGUCAUAGUGGAAGGACCGCUUGAGCCAAGCCACGCCUUGUUGGAGCUAUGCGCAAACCAAUACCAAGCCAACCAGCUGCAGUACAUCAAGCCAGAGAAGUGCGCCUCGCGUAUGCACGAAAUCACGACUGGAAAGCCAAGCACCAAGGAGUUGCAACUCGAGGCCAACAAGCUGGUGGUGAGAGAGCAUGUUGAGGUUUCUGAAAUGACGAUUCACAACUCGCUGCUCUUGCAGGAGGCUUUCAAGCGUCGUGGGUUGGCUUAUGUUUUCAGCAAUUCCGUGUCGCAUGCAGCUUAUGAGCGCUAUCUGCAGACGUUGUUUAUGCACACGAGUCGUGAGCCUCCCCCGGGUUGUCAACGUUGUUCACUUUCUCAGCUGGUGCAGGCGGAUCGCAUGGUUUUUAUCCGGUUGAUCGAGGAGAACGUGAAGCCGCGUAGGAAGCCCGAUGGUACGUAUCCAAUGGACCUUGCACUGACAGCAGCAUUGCAGUCCUACCAUGUGAGCUUCACGCUGAUGCCGUUGCCCGCCAAGGCUCCGGGGAAGCCGUCCGCUGACCAGAGGGCGACGCCAAAUCCGCCACCUGCAAAGAAGCCGAGAAACGAGGAGCCCGGCAAAGGGAAGGGGAAAUCCAAAGGAAAGGAUGCAAAGGGGAAGUCCCGCAAGGUGGCUACCCCCUAUGCUAUCCUCAAUGCUGGGGGAGUGGCUACCACACCAGAUGGAUCGCCGCUCUGCUUUGACUACGUCUUGGGACAUUGCAACCGAAGUGUUACCGAUGGGCAGUGCGUGAAAGGUAAGCACCUUUGUUGCGUGUGCUUCGAGCCGCAUUCCCUCAAGGAGCACCGGAAGUCGGCCUAG